AUGGGGAGGCUGAUGGUUGAUGAGUGCCUAGAUCUCUCGUUUCGAAUUUCAAAAUUCGGUCCGAUAAGCAGCGACAGAAUAGCGCCAAUUACUUACUUCCAAUCUACUCAUGCAGACCGAUUAUGGACCCCUCCAAAACCCAAGAAAGAGACCAGAGACAAGCAAGCGCUGGGAGUCGCCCAUCCAUUACUGCAUGUUUGCGAUGUCCUCAAGUGUGGCCGUCAGCGCCCCGUGUGUGCUCGAUGCCAACGAGUGGACGCGACAUGCUCUUAUCCUUUGCCCCCGAACCGUCGGGGCCCACGCCCACGCUCACAACGCGCUCGGCUCCCAGAAAGGGCAACUGAACGCAGCCACCCGCAGGAACAUAUUCGCCCUCGGCGAAGACCCCUUCAGCAGCCUUACAUCGAUCAGCCAUCGCCAUUACAACAGACAUCGCCUUCGAGGAUUGAGCCGCUGGGCCAGACCAUUCUCACCCGAGGCCAAAGCGCGACCCCGAACCCCGUUGGCUUUGAUGAGGGUCUUGAAGGGAUAUCGCAUCCUCGCAGCGACACCGCAGUGCAUGACGCUUCCGUAGUGUUAGCUACAGGAACGCCCGUAUUGCUCGAUUCCUAUCCAAAUCAGCUACGCACGAUGUGCUCAAUCGAAAACGCAACAGACUCAGUACAUACCCCAAACGGAGACCAGCCACCUCUACCUCCCACUGCCCUUGGUCUCUCUCUACUGGAACUCUACUUCACGCGCAUAUAUAAUGCACCUCUACUAUUCCACAAGUCUGUUUUAUUUCAACAAUAUCUGGAGCAAAAGCUUCAUGGCGCGCUUCUUAGAGCCUUAUUGGCAUUGGCAACACUUUUUCUUCAACCCUGCGAUUCCGAGAAUGGAAAAGACCUCAUUGGAGAACAUGCUGAGUUGAAAGUCCUGAGUAUAUAUCACUCUUCUGGACUUCCAUGGGCGAAAGCUGCUGAAAAGGAAGCCAUUGUUGCUGCCGUAGACAGUCCGUCUCUCAUGGUCAUUCAAGCACUUGCGUGUCUUCAACACUAUUGGUUCGGUAUUGGACAGCCUUAUCGGGGCAAUCUUUGUCUUGCAUUAGCCUAUCGUGCCUGCCAUCUUCUUGGGUAUACCAAUAAUUCGAAUGGUGUCGUUGGUCUUGAUCAUGACAUGAGCCUUGAAUCGGAGCUGGCCCGGCGAUGUUUCUGGGCCUGCUGGACGUCGACAUGCAUCGUCAUGGAGCCCGAGCCAUAUAUCAAAUCCUCCUGGCAGGAAGUCGCCAUGCUGCCGCUUCCCGGGGAAAUUCGAUCCACACCAUCAGGGUACAGAAUAAUGCCUGGCGAAACGAUGGAUGAAAAAUGGAAUUCUCGCGCUCUGACGCCGGCAGCAAACUCAGGAUCAGUCCCAGCGAACUUGAUGAAAAUGGUGGGUGUCUGGGCAAAGGUACAACUGCUGUGCAAAGACAAUAAGACCGGCUCUUUACUCUCGGAAAGGUUCGAGUCUGGGCGGAAAUUGUCUCAAUUAGCAACCUCAUUUUACGACGCUGCAGACCAUUAUAGGAACUCUUAUUCAGUUUCUAAUGACGAGGGUAACCAUCACCAGACUUCAAUACCCCAGGACCAAGUCUUAUUGCUCGUGCACGAUACUCUCUAUCACCAGUGCCAAAUUAGUAUCCAUUCAAUGAUCGUGCCCUUAUUUUCGGGCAUCGAAAAUGAAAACAGCUCGGAAACAAUAGACGCAGCCGACCGGAGGCAAAGCGCAACAACUGUUGCAAAGCACGCUGAUCUACUAUGUCGCCUAUUAGAACCGUAUCUCUCGGGUCAGCGUCAUGUUUCAUUCUUACCUCCUCUCGUCGGCUAUGCGGCGUUUGUCGUGGGCAUCGUUCUUCUUCUCAUGGAGAUUUCAUGCCCAAACAGAAGAAAUGGAGUGAAUGUGAAUGGAUUCGGCGUCGAAACCAGUGGGAAUGGGAAUGAGGAAAAGAAUGGUUAUGGUCAGGGCUGCAGAUUAAGCGCCGUGAAAUCAAUAUUGCAUCUAGUUGAUCGUCAUAGAGUUUAUUGGAGGGCAUUGCAACGUCCGUGGAAAAUACUGCAGACUGCACUGCAGGGAGAAUCUCAGAAGCAUUCAACACAAAAUCUACAUCAACCGACGAAUCUUCAAGAUUGUCAUCUCCCGGCACCCAGCCGUGAAAGCGAAAAUCCCCAGACGUCCGCCGCAGGAUACUCUCAAGUGAUGGAGCCCUCAAGUGAAAAUCCACGCCCCAUUGCUAGUAUGCUGAAUAACACUGCAGAGGGCGGACCAUCAUCGGCAGUAGCUCAACAUAGCUCUUGCUUGGCUAAUAAUGUUAACAACAACAAUAAUUCUGAAACAGCCGCAAAUGAAACAGAAGCAAACGCGAUUGAUCCAUUGAUUAGUGGGAUUAAUGUCAAUGUACCACAGGACUAUGAUUGGUAUAACCUGUCAUUUGCAGACGCUGGGUUCGAGCAAUUCGCUGGUCUUGAACCUUUGGCUCUUUUUCAACACGGGUGGCGGAGGACAUUUGGGUAG